UGUGUGAUCAUCGACCUGGUCAGUAUGACACUGGACAGACGAUUACAGUGUUUGUUAUGGCUGUACAUCACCACACUCCAAGGUGUAACUGGAUUAUCCGUGGUGGUAAGUCCAAGUCCUACAGUCCAGCUCGUGUCCGGUCAGACCCUCAGUAUCACGUGUCAGUGGUCAGCUGACUACACAGGACCAAAUGCUGCUGUUAACUACAGACUGAAUGAUGGCGGUGGUAGAGUAGGUACAAUGUUUAUAAACUUUGGGACAGUAUGUCCAUCAGUACCACCCUACACACUUACUUGUAACAGAGACACGAGGACACUGUGGAUACAGAUUCCCGCCAGCAAUUACAGUCACGAGGACAGAUGGACGUGUGAGGGGAGAAACGACAACACCGACAAUACACUACAGACAGACACGACCACAGUUGAUGUUAUAGGUGAGAUGAUUUAA